AUGAGUCGCGUGCCGUCCAUCGGCCUGAUUCUGAUCUUCAAAAGCACGACGUGCGUGUUGAUGCCGAAGGACCGUUUCCCGAUCUGGACCCUGGCGAUCGUGAGCGGCGGCGUCAAGGCCGUCCUCAACCCGCUGGUGCUCGUCGUCUUCAGCUGGGACUUCUGGCAGGCGUUCCGGCACACCUGCGCCAGGGCCGACGCGCCGCUGGCCGUCGGCGUCUACUACGAGUCCCUCUGCCCGGACUGCAAGAACUUCGUCGUCGAUCAGCUGAACGUGACCGUCAGCCGCGUGCCCGACCUGGUCAACGUCACCCUCGUGCCCUGGGGCAAGGCCAACGUCUCGAGCGACGACGGCAGCGUGCACUGCCAGCACGGCCCCGAGGAGUGCUGGGCCAACCGGCUGCAUGGCUGUGUCGCCGCCGCCAUCGACGACGCUUCUGUGCGCACGCGCGCCGUGGCCUGCCUGAUGGCCGCACAGAAGACCCUGCGGGCUGACGGGCCGGCGUGCCUGCAGGAGCCGCCGCUGACCUUUGCGCCGACCAUGACCCUGGACGGCAGCCAGGGCACCGCCGAGCAGCAGAAGCAGCUGCUGGACGACCUGCUGGGUGUCGUGUGCAGCACGUGGCAGCAGCGCACCGGGCAGACGCCCGCCGGCUGCCAGCAAUAG